GAGAUGAAGUCCUGCAACACCGACCGCGGGGCGCCGCCGACGCUGCUGAAGCCGCUGCUGAAGCCGCUGCUGCUCAUCCUGCUGCUGCGAACGGCGGCGGCUGAGAUCGAACACGGCAAGGCGGCCGCCGAGAGGGUUGUCAAUGGCAACUACUGGUCACCGGCGUGCCCGGCCGAGUUCCACAAGGCAUGGUCGGCACAGAACGUGGCCAGCGUCUGCUUCUACGUGAGCUCGGUCAAGCUGGACUGGCACGCCGCCCGCACUGCCUGUCACAACCUGGCCGCCUACCGGUCCCGCUGUCACGGCGAUCUGGCCAGCGUGCUCAACACCGGCGAGAGCGACUUCGUCCGCUCGCUGAUGAGUCAGCUGCAGGUCAACGACCAUGCCUGGAUAGGCUACAACGAUCUAUCGUGGGAGAACUCGUUCCGCUGGACCGAUGGUCGCCAGGGAUACUGGACGAACUUUUACCCGGGCGAACCCAACAAUGGCGGCGCAUACGGCAGCGAGCACUGCGUGGAGCUGAUGAACGCGCUGAACGGCCAAUGGAACGACCGCGACUGCAGUCACCAGAAGUAUUACGUCUGCAAGGCAUACUGCGUCUAGCCGCUCGGCGGCCUCCGCUUCGGCGAGUGAGACGGAGGCGGCUGCGAAGCACGACACGCGUCUGGGCUGGAGCCGACGGAUUCCUUGUCACGAGACGGAGGCGGCUGCGAAGCACGCCCCGCGUUUGGGCUGGGACCGACGGAUUCCUUGUCACGGGACGGAGGCGGCUGCGAAGCAUGCCCCGCGAGCGGACUGGAUCCGACAGAUCCAGCAUCCCAACAAGCCUGGCAAGGGCGUAGAAUGAGUCGCAUUCAAAUGAUAGAUAGGAAGCAACAGUCGGAAUAAAACACUUUGCAAAGGAGUUUCACAAGCAUAAUUCACCCAUAUGCAUAGACCUCAGGGUGAAGUAGCACGCGUAGUUCGAUGAACUAUGUAUAAGUAAUUAACUGUGCGCCGUGCGACUAAAACUGGCCGAUGAUUGCGUGCGAAGCUUUUGAAAAAUAUCAUUAACAUGUUUAACUGCCAGUUUUGUUGCCUCCGCUGCGGGUCCGACAGGUUGUCAUGGCAACCUAUGCGCUCCGCGAGCUAUGACCAAGCGCAGAUGUCUCGCGAUCACAGAGCGGCGGAACAAACCCUGAGCGUGACCAAGCGCAGAUGUCUCGCGAUCACGAGGCCGCAUUCAAGGCGCUCAGUCCGCCAGGCUGCGGCUGCAAGUAGUUCUUUGAAUAGUUCAUAAGAACUCCACGGGUUCGCAACCUAAGGAAACAGCUGAGAGAUAGCAGUUCAAGUGUAAGUUGUGAUACUGACACAGAACAGUCAUGGCUAUUUCGUCGGCUGGUGUCGCAUACGGUGUUGCGACGUUGCAGCUCAUUGCAGCUAGUGUGACGCCGGUCCACUGAAGACUAAUGUGACGCCGGUCCACUACAGAUUAAUGUGACGCCGGUCCACUGUAGACUAAUGUGACGCCGGUCCACUGUAGACUAAUGUGACGCCGGUCCACUGUAGACUAUUGUGACGCCAGUUCACUAUAGACUAAUGCGACGCCGGUCCACUACAGACUUAUGUGACGCCGGUCCACUACAGACUAAUGUGGCGCCGGUACACUGUAGACUAAUGUGACACCGGUCCACUACAGACUAUUGUGACGCCGGUCCACUGUAGACCAAUGUGGCGCCGGUCCACUGUAGACCAAUGUGACGCCGGUCCACUACAGACUAUUGUGACACCGGUCCACUGUAGACCAAUGUGACGCCGGUCCACUGUAGACUAAUGUGACGCCGGUCCACUGUAGACUAAUGUGACGCCGGUCCACUGUAGACCAAUGUAACGCCGGUCCACUGUAGACUAAUGUGACGCCGGUCCACUGUAGACUGAUGUGACGCCGGUUUCCUAUACAAGGAAUCGCCGCUUUGUUUGCACCGUAACAAAUCGCCAUUAUGACCAAACGCCAACUCAACAACACACUCAUGCAUUUCAAAACAGUGCUCACAAUAAAUGAGCAGCACUGAUGCUGGCAUCAGAGAUAACCUCGAACACUGCGGCUUUUUUAUGAUGUGACGCUGGCUGCGGAGCAUCGCGUCUGCCCCAUGAGUCCGAGCCUUCUCGGGGCUGCACGCUGUCGGUUUUAUUCAUUAUGAACGCUGCCUGCAGUUACGGCCGGUCUCUUGAUGGGAGUACGGGGUAUAUGAUAGCGCUCCAUAUGUAGAAGCAGCAUUAAAUAAAGUCCGCUGUAUGAACA